AUGGCAGGAGCAGUUGCUAAAUUACCGUCGCUAGUAAAUAGCGCAAUAGCAAAUGCCAAACCCAAGUUUGCAAUUUUCUUGAAGUAUGCUAAAGUAGAACUGGCACCUCCUAAACCAAGUGAAAUUUCGCAAAUCAAAGCUGGUAUUGCCAAAUUACUAUCCAGUGCUAGAACCGGAGCAUGGAAACAGCAAACCGUUAAGCAAGCAACACUCAACACCCUAGUUGGAGCUGAAGUGCUAUUCUGGUUUUAUGUUGGUGAAUGUAUUGGAAAACGUCAUAUUGUUGGAUACAAUGUUUAA